AUGACUGCCUUGCUUUACAGCAGCUUCUUGCAUCUUAUAGUCCAAAGAAUAUUUGAAAUGCUUUCAAGAAGUGAUCUCGAUGCACAUGAAUAUCUUCAUUUAGAGAAGGAGAUACCAGAGGGUAAACUUACAGAUCGUGAAAUAAUUAAUGUUAUUUUAAAUGAAGAGAAGCAUAUGACAGAUGAAGAUAAAUCUAUACCUAUAUUGGAAAAAGUUAGUUUAACAGAAGUAGAAAAUGCUGCAGAUAAAAUGAUGAGAUUUUUAUAUGAGCAAGAACCAAAGUUUGGUGAAGUAAACAAAAAAUUAAAAGUUUUAAAGAGAUUGCAUAAGUGA